AAUUAUUCUAAAUAUGGGAUCCUUCUUACAGAAACUAAUUGUACUAGCCUUGGUGGUGUCAAUAGUAGCGUGAAAGGAAGGCCUCCUAAGCGGGUUCAGAGAAAAUCCAGAAAAAAAUCUGACUCAUCGAGUCGAUAACCUUGAUGCUAAUAUAAAAAUUUCACUAUUGUUCGUUAGUUUAAUGAGGACUAUUGAGUUCAUCCCUUUUGACUUCAUUGAAAUUGGUUCAAAAGCGACAGAAUUAUUGAAAGGAUUUUUAAAAAGGACUUUUAACUGUACAAGUCUGGCCUGAGUAACCCCUGAUAUCGUAUUGUUCAGAAUCAUGAGAGAGUUUAGAUGGUUUGCGAGGGGUAUGGUGACUGAAAUGGAAUAUGGCUUUGAGACGCUAAAAAUUUUAUUUGCAAAGAAACAAUUUGGAGUAAUUAUAAAGAUUAUCAAUGACAAAGGCAAGGGUUCUUUCGAUGAUAAAUCUCAGUGCAUUCGUAUGAGGAUUGGGCAAUUCUUCAUGCCCACAUUCAAAGGAAAUGAUACUUCUAAUUGUUCAGAAUUUGAUGCGAUCAUCCACAGUUUCUCUGAACAAUCAGAAGAUUUUUGGAGAGACUUUGGACCCUUGAUUUUCAAGUUGCUUACAUUAAUUGCUUUGAUAUUGUUGAUUAGAAAAUCAUUUCAAAUUGUAAAACAAGAAUGGAGCAUAUACAAAACUCUCACCAAACCAUCUCUCACCCAUCAAUCUUUCAUCAACAAACCCCAUCAACCCUUCAACCCCAACCUCAACUUCACAGACGAAUUCUUAGCCCUCGUCCACCAAAAUUCCCCAUCUUCCCACCUAAGCUCUGAAUCUUAACCCACCAAUAACCCUCAAAAUUCUAACAGUCAAAAAUCUUCAACUGU